AUGUCCAGCUCUUGGUCUGUCUCUACCUAUUAUGAAGAAGGUCAGCCUGCUGAUUCUGAAUUUCCACUAAUCCUGCCCAGAGGAAGUAGCCUGUUGCUGACGCGGUACACUUGCUUUUUCGACAAAGCGAUUCUCUUCACCGACUCUGGUACUUUUAUAACACACAAUGGAUUUCUGAAAAUAGAGGAGAUAAGAGUUGUUCUUGUUGGCAUAUCCCCACCUGCAUCAGGCUCCUUCACAGUAACAGAUGCAGCAUUCUUAGAAACUGGCAUUCUUUUCCUGAUAGAGGACCGUAUCUACAAAAGGGAAAGUACUAGAGAGCUCUGGCAAGUUGGGGAAGCACAAAAUAUUCCAGCCAGCGGAUUGCAGGGUCUACAGUCCCGAACAUCGUGCUCAACAAAUAAUUACCCAAUUAUUAAUGUUGAAUUCAGCAAAGUGGCCGUGUGGACAGCAAAUGAAUUGUACCUGGGGAAUGAUAAAAAUAAAACUAAGUUUGUGAAGAAGGCAGACUUGGCCCUGUUUACAAAGAUUUUACGCUUACCAUCAAACUAUUCUAUAACAAUAACUGCAGUAGCUUACGGGUCUCGUCCUCCAGAGUUGGGGGUUUUAGUUGAGGCCUGCUAUGUUUGUGACUCCACUGACAAGAGGCUGUUUCUAAUAAUUUUUAACGAGGAGACAAAUACUUGGAUCCAGAGUGCCUUUUUAGCCAAGCUCAAACCUCACUCUGUGCCACAAGGCCCCUUUAAGAUGAAGUUUAUCUUGUCAGCAUGGCCUUCCCUACUGCUCUGGAACGAUGAGCUCAUAUUCUACAGCUACAAAAACAACAGUGAAUACGGCAACCUACAUGUGUCUGGCGCCUCAAACCUCAGACUGCUAUCUGGAGGCAGCAGGAUCCACCAAGUCGUUUUAGACGAUUCUUGGAAUAUAGUGGUGAAGAUGGAGAACAAUGUUUUUUUUUACUGCAAAGCUGGCAUGGAUGAGCUUGUCAGACUUCACAAUUGGGAAGAGAAAAGCACAAACAUGAUCUUUUACUUAAAUAAUAAUGGACAUCUGUUAGUCCUUAAGCUUAAUGGGUCUAACAUUGAGCCACACAGAUAUCCUCUCGACAUGGAGGUUAAGAGUUCCAUAUCCACAGUCUGCACCUACUUGACCUUCCAGCACAGCAUGAACAAGCCCUGGUAUUUCAUUGAUAAGGGAGAACAACUGGAUUUUUGGGCUUUGAUCGUUUACCCAGAAAAUAUGGGUAUGAAUCUGCAGACAUUCGGCUACAGGCUAGACUUGCUUCAAACAAUAGCAUUCCACCAUGAUCGUGACUACAUCAACACAGAGAAGUAUUCAGAACUCAUCAACCAAACAAGUGGCAUUGCCACUUUUGAGAUGGUGCCCAAUAUACCUGGGAAUACUUGCGCCUUGCCAGCCGACAGGGUAGUACAUAUACAUGUUGGUUGUAAUCCAAAAAGAAACAUCCGUGUUAAUAGACCUUGGGGAUUGCCUUGCAAAAUGAUGAAUUUUACAAAUUACACUAUUCCGGCGUCUAUACUCCAGAUUCCUACAGAAGAAGAUUUAGUGGUUGACUAUGAUUGGAAAAAUUAUGGCUGUCUGUUUAAUAUAUAUUACACUCAGCCUUUUCUGCCUUCCUUAGACUUAUAUGAUGGUGAUGUCUUUCUGAAAAGCGUGGAUGCAAAUUUCAUAAUUUGGGAACAACAUGGUCGGAGAGACUUCUCAUAUAAUGCUUCGAUGGAGGAGGUUUACUGUUUGCGUGAAGCACAAACCUGGAAGUCCAUGAUUGCAUUGAGCAACAAUUUGUCAAAGAAAUCGACAGGCGAAGCUUGGGGACCAAAUAAUUACAGAACCUGUUUUGAGGUGACACCUGGAAUUUUUGGGGACCUGAGACAGCCCUAUGAAAUCCUGAACAGAAGCGGCAAAAAUUUCAUUACCUGGUCACAGGAGCAGAGUGGCAUUUAUGUCUUCAAUGUAAAGAUUCUGGAUCCUAACUUCAGUUUCUGUGACCUGAGAACAGUGUUUACCGUACAGACAUAUGGAGUUCUGACAAGGGAGCAACUUCCUACUAAGGUACAGCACCGAGUGUUCCACAUUAUCUACCUCCUGAGACAAGACAGCCCCCAGAUCAACAUCCGAAGCAUUAGUCUGGAGGAUGAAUUCCCUGUUAAAAUCCGGUGA